UUUGGACGGGCCAUCAUGUAUAGAUCGGGGCGACCCCAGCUACGACGCCCUAACACGGUGCGUUUUAAUACAAGAGGAAUAGAAGACAUCGUCACGCCUGAAGAAGUCUACGAAGCUGUAAAGAAGGAAUUGAAAAGCAAAGACACAAUGAAGUGCAUAGCAGAACUCAAUAACAAAUGGUACAAUGUUACGUUGGACAACGAAGCUGAUUGUGAAAGACUAGCGAACUAUGGACUGGUAUUGAAUGGGUUGCUGGUGCAAUGCGAGAGGGCAAGCAUAGCUAAUUCAGUAGUUGCGUACGUAAAAGCACCCUACGAACUCAGCGACCAGGCGGUCAUUUCGGCUCUGUCUGCUUAUGGGUCAGUGGUGAACAUAAAAAGACAAUAUCAUGACUUCGACAGUAAUGUAGAAACAGGAGUGCGGAGCUGUUUGAUCAAGAAUCUAAUGAAACCAAUCCCCAGCUACAUCAGACUUGGAAGUUUCACCCUGCCAAUACGACAUAAGGGACAGCUCAAAACAUGUAAGAUCUGCGAGGCAACGGACCACUUCGCCCGAGACUGUCCGGCCCGGGGGAGGUGCUACGUCUGCGGCGCAUACGGGCAUAGAGCUUCGGCACAUCAUGAUGAAAACAGUCGCAAAGAUAGAUUGGAAGUAGAAUCAGAUGAAGAAUCACGAGUAAAUACUCCCGUCCUAGCAAUCCCUGGCGGAAGUCAAGACGACCGAGAUUCGACGACACACUACGACACUGAAGACUCCAUCUUCGAUGAAACCCAAAUCGAACCGCUAACUCUAACCAAGAAAUACAACCUGCCAACCUACCGCUUCAAGGAUGGGAAAAAAUAUUGCAAAAAGAGAAAAAACCAAGACACGGAAGAGGAAAAUGUGGGGGAAAGCUACAGGAAAAUAACCAGAGAAGAAGAGGAAGAGAUGGAGCAAUCCAAUCAACAAGAACCACAGACCCAUGGGCAGACUAGCCGACAAGACACCCAGCAGACAGCACCGCAGAUCGCACAGCAGACCGAACAGCAGACCGAACAGCAGACCGAACAGCAGACCCCACCCAAGACCACAUCGCAGACCACACUGCAGACCACACCGCAGAGUACACCGGAGAUAGCAUCACAGAUCGCACCACAGACAGCACUGCAGACCACAUCGCAGAUCAUACAACAGACGGCACCGCAGACAGCAUCACAGAUCGCACCGCAGACCAUACAGCAGACUGCAACGCAGACAGCAUCACAGAUCGUACCGCAGACCACACCGCAGACCGCCCCUCGGACUGCACCGCAGACCGCACCGGAGACCGCACCGCAGACCGCAUCGCAGACUGCACCGCAGACCGAACAGCAGACUGCACUGCAGAUUGCACCGCAGAUUGCAUCGCAGAUCGCAACGCAGAUCACACAGCAGACAGUUCUGCAUACUAUACCGGAGACCCCACUGAUGACUACAACGCAGGCUGAACCACAAACUGUAUCUCAAAACGCACCUCGGUUAGCACCGCAGACCAGCCAACAAACCAUAAAGCAGAUACAGAGUGGGCAGAACGCAUCACAAGACAUUAUUCCGUCAUCACAACCUACAGACAACGAAGAUGAAGAUUUUGUUAGGUAUAUGAGAGGGGGCGUGGAGAGACUCCGCAAGAAAAGAACAAGCUGGGAAAGGAAGGAAAAGGACCAGAAGGCAUCGCCUAGUCGAGGGCCGAGAGGACGAGGGAAGGGUAAAGCAACACAAUCUUGAAUUCUUGAGGGUUUCAUAUGUUUUUGCUUGUACUGUAAAUCAUAUUCCGUUUUCUCCUGCUUUGUUUGAUGCUCAGAAUAGCCACACUUAACGUCAACGGGCUACGCAAGGGGGAGAAAAGGGAAAAUUUAUUCAAUCAACUUAAAAAGGGUAAUUACGAUCUUGUGUGUCUUCAAGAAACUCAUACGGUCAGUUCAGAUGAGGUCUUGUGGAAAAAUCAGUGGGGUGGGGACAUUUUGUUUAGCCACGGCCAAAGUGACUCAAGAGGAGUGGCUAUUUUGGCGUCAAACAGAAGUGGGAUCCAAUUCACAAAUCCUGAUAGAGAUAAUGAAGGUCGAAUUAUCCGCUGUGAUUUUUCUUGUAGAAAUUUAGAGUUUCACUUACUUUGUGUUUACACUCCAAAUCCUAUGUAUGACAGACAAAGGUUUUUUAGUGCUCUUUCCGAGUAUGUGAAACAAGACGACGGAAACUGGAUCGUUACAGGUGAUUUCAAUUGUCAAAUUGAUACGAGAGCUAGCAAUGAUAAAAGUGUUACAAAUCUGAAAAAUUUCAUUUUAGAAAAUGACAUGAUCGAUGUUUGGAAGAAGCUUUAUCCAAAAGAACAGGGUUUCACUUGUUUUCAUAGAGUUCUGAAAAGAAGUAGCAGAAUUGAUUAUAUAUUUGUCUCUAGUCAGUUAUAUACCCUUUUGACAAAAACAAACAUUAUUUCGACUGGGUUGUCAGAUCACCUACUUGUUACUUGCACUUUGAAUAAUCGCACUAUUAUUAAGGGUCCUGGCAGAUGGAUCUGUGACAAUAACAUUUUUAAAGAUGAUUCUUGUGUUGACCGAGUUCGGACUUUUUGGAAUUAUUGGCAAACGCAGAAGGGAUCUUUUGAUAAUCUGUUGAUUUGGUGGGAUUAUGGGAAAUGUAAAAUUAAAGAAAUCCUGAAAGCUUAUGGUCUAGAGAAAUUCUACAAGGAAAAAGAUUAUCAAACUAAUCUCCAAAAUGAUCUUACUAAGGAAAUGAACCAAAAUAACCCAAACACCAAAGUUAUAAACGACAUCAAUCAAAAAAUCAAACACUUCGAGCAAAAAAAACUCGAAAAGACGAGAAUUAGGUCCCAUAUCAACAAAAUCAAUGGAGAGAAAAGUUCGCAUUUUUUCAAGUGUUUUGAAAAACAAAGAUCGGAAGACAACUCUUUUGAUAUGUUAGUAGAAGAUGACGUAACUUAUGAUGAUUCCUAUAAGAUGUGUAAUCAUGUGAACUCUUUUUAUAAAAAGUUAUACACUAGUGAAGAAGUUGACAGCGACUCACUUAACGCUAUAUUGAAUGAAAUUGAUGGUUUUGUCUUUGAUGAAGAAAUAAUAGAUUCCUUAAAUAGCGAUUUUGACGAUGUUGAAAUUCUAUGCGCUGUUAAACAAAUGAGCAAAGAUAAAUCACCGGGUAUAGAUGGAUUAACAGCUGAAUUUUAUAAGUUAUUUUGGGACAUUCUUCAAAACGAUUUCAAAGA